UGUGGAUUUGCUUGAUCUGUUCGUCGUUGAUUCAUCUACGUCGCGUGUCUUCGGGUUGGAACAUUUCAAUCUACACUACUCUUCAUCGGCAGCGGUUGCUGCUCUGGUGCGUUGGUCCUAUGGGACCUUAACACGACGACUACCGAUUGUAUACUACAACAAGCUUUUUUUCUGGCUUCGGCAAGGGCGGGGUGAUGGCGGCGGCGCGACUUCGGCUCGCUUUAAUGCUUUACAUGUCCGGAUGUAUUUUUUUUAUGUUAGUUGUGCAUUUGUGCCGUCAUGAUCGGAAGUUUUUCAAAAAAGUAAGUAAGUUCAUUCUCAUUAAAAUUCCGUUGCAGACCAUCAAGCCGUGCAUGCGCGGCUCCAGUAACGGAAGGAAUUGAUUAGAGUAAUAAAGAUUGACGAAUCAAUCUUGACUGCCGGAUUCACGUUAUGAAAUCAAAUCCCUAAUUGGUGGGUUGUGACUAACGAGUAGCUGUAUAAAUUAACAUGUCAUCCUACGUCUGUGCUGUGCCCCUACCCAAGAAAUCUGCAGAAUCCACCAUAGAAUAGAAUAGAAUAGAAGCUGCAAUGGCCUCCUCCUUCAAUGGCGGCAGUGUCCUCUUCGUGCUCUCCGCCCUCCUCCUCUUUGGCGCCACUCAGGUCACCCCCAUGGACUAUCUGCUCCCCAUAUGCAAGACCGUCGGCGGCGGCAGCACCUUCGUCGGCAUCCAGUUCUGCAUGGACACCUUCCACUCCGAUCCCCGGACCGCACACGGUGCGACGUACCAAGAGCUCGCCGCCAUCGCAGUCGACCUCCUGACGGCCAACGCCACCAGCACCAAAGCCAAGAUCGGCGGCCUUCUCGGCGGCAAGACGGCGGACGCCGCCACCGCGCAGUGCCUCAGAUCCUGCCAAACUCUUUACGGCGGCAUAUUGCAGCGGCAGCCUGGCAGCGCCGCCGCGGUCAAGGACGGCAAGUUCAGCGAGGCAAUCUCGCCCCUGGAGAAAUCGGCGGCCGCGGCCAAGGAGUGCGAGGAUGGCUUCAGCAAGAGCCACGUGCCGUCGCCGGUGACGGUGGAGAACGGCAACGCUUUCCAGCUCGCCAAGCUCGCCGUCGCCUUACUCCAAGUCUAGAACGUACUCUCUCUCUUUUCUUUUUGUUGAGAAAAUAUAUAUAUUCGAAUAAGAUGCGAUGCUCUUUUUCAAAUAAUAUAUGUACUAAUUUUGGCAGAAAGUAAGGUUCUAUUGCUCACUAGUUUUCCACUGAAGAUUGCAAAGGAGAGGGCCAAACGUUUUGGCACUAAUCGGAGUUGAACUAA